UAUUUUAAGAUUUUAAAUAGCGAUUUUCUAUUUGUAUUGUUGUUAAAUAUUAUUUACAUUUAAUAGUAUACAAUAAAUGUAUUGCUGUAUUAAUUUGGUUAAAUUAGAUACCCCUUUGUUAUAUAGUUCAUCAAUAAUUGUAUGCUGUUUUUUAUAAAAUGGGUGUAAAAAAUCUUUGGUCACUGUUAACACCAGUGGCAGAAAAAAUGCCUCUUUGGGAGUUACACGGCAAGGUAAUUGCGAUUGACUUAAGUGGUUGGGUGUGUGACAGUGAAAACUUCAAUCAAAAUAUGAGCCAAAAAAACAUGUAUUUAAGGAAUUUAUUUUUUCGUACUUGUAAUUUAUUGUUAAUUGGCGUCAUACCAAUAUUUGUUUUGGAUGGAGAAGCACCACUUCUAAAAUAUGGUGCAAUAGAAAAACGUAUUAAUGGAAAUAAAGCACCAACAAAGACUCAUAUUGUUCGUAAACGACUAAAUUCAUUUCAAAAACAAUGUGAAUUUUUAUUGAAUAUCAUGGGAGUAACUUGUGUUUAUAGUCCUGGAGAAGCAGAACAGUUAUGCGCUAUACUUAAUAAAAACGGGGUUGUGAGUGGAAUUGUGACUCAAGAUAGUGAUUGUUUUUUGUAUGGUGCUCGUGUUGUAUAUAGAAAUUUUAAUGCAUCUGGAAAUGGGUCUGUUGAUGUUUAUCGCAUGGAAUCAAUUGAAAACAAUUUAAAUAUUGGACGUAACAAAAUGAUUGCUUUAUCAUUGCUAUGUGGUUGUGAUUAUGAUGAAAAAGGUGUUACGGGUAUUGGAAAAGAUACUGCAAUUAAGUUUCUUCAAUCACUAGAUGAUGAUUCUGUCCUUGACCGUUUGAGACAUUGGAGAAGUGAUACAGUUUUAAAUUCUGCUACCAUGGAUAUUAAAUCACAAACUAAUGAAAUAAAGCUAGAGUUGAAAAUAAGAAAUAAAGCUAUAGAAAAUAAAAGUUUUCCAUCUGAAGAAAUUAUUGAAGAAUUCUUAAAAGUACCAAAUUAUCCAAAAGUGUCUGCAAAAUGGAUUUUACCAGAUAUUAAUGCUUUUAUUAAUUUUGCAUCAGCCAAACUGUGCUGGGAAAAAGAGUACGCAAUAGAAAAAUUUUUACCAUUACUUUUUAGGUGGCAUUUAAUGUAUGAUGAUAAGUUCCAAGCAAAUGUUUUAAUGACAGAAAUUAUUAAAAAGCGUGUUAAUAAAGGAAUAAAAUGUUAUGAAGUAAAAUGGAAUAACUAUAAAAUAACAUCUAUUGAACCUCAAACAGCUGUUCAAAGAAGGUAUCCAAAUGAAGUCUCAAUCUAUGAAGACAUGCAUACCACGUCCUCUAAAAAAAUGAAGAAAAAAAUUACAAUCCAUGACAGUAAUUUAUUAGAAGUAACAAAUAAAUUGUAUUCAAUGAACAUUUCUAAAAAACACAGAAAGUCUAAAAAAAUUAACGAAGAAAAGAAUAGUGUCAAAGGUCCCUUGGAUCAAUUUAUAAUGAAGGAAAAGAUUAAAGACGAUAGUUUGACAUUGUCUGACUUUGAGUGUGAUUCUGUUGACUUGGAUAUGUCUGAUAUUAUAAAUGGAAUUAUAACUUAAAUUUUAUAUUUAUAUCUUAAAAAUUGUUUAUGAAUCGUAAAUGUUUUGUUUUAUUAAAAUUGCUAUUAAAAUGCUAUUAAA